UCCGCCUCAUCCGCACACCAAUCAUAACAUCAUCAAAUUACCAAACUACCCUCCCCAACGUUUAUAUUCAUCACUACAUUGCAAGGCCUUUAUCAGGUAAGUAAAAACAUACAAACUUCAGUUGGAAGGUUGAGCGCAGUCACCAACUGUGGUCACUGAAGCUCGCCGAGCAAGAUGCUGGACGGGCUAUUAGGUCGAGGUUUUGCUUCCAAAUGUAAAUCGUUGAUAAAACUAAUCAAGAGUCGGAUCGAUGUCAUAAGAAGAAAGAGGAAUGCGACGCAGAAGUUUCUAGAGAAAGAUAUAGCUGAGCUGCUCCUUAAUGGGCUCGAUAUUAAUGCUUAUGGCAGGGCUGAUGGGCUUCUUGAUGAAUUGAAUCUGUCCCAUUGCUAUGAUUACGUUGAGCAAUGUUGUGAUUUUGUACUGAAGCAUCUUUCAGUCCUGCAAAAAUUGAGUUAUUGCCCUGAAGACUGCAGGGAGGCAGUGUCAUCACUGAUGUUUGCUGCUGCAAGAUUUUCUGAUCCCCCUGAGUUACGAGACCUUAGGCAAUUAUUUCAAGAGAGAUUUGGAAAUUCCCUGGAAUAUUUUGUGAACCAAGAGUUUGUGGAUAAAUCAGCUAAGAAGCCUGCCACAACGGAUAAAAAGUUACAGUUAAUGCAAGACAUAGCAUCAGAGUUUUCAAUAAAAUGGGACUCCAGUGCUUUUCAACAGAGGAUGUCUAAAUCUCCACAGGACCAGCCUAAAAAUCUUGGAUUCUCCAAUGUCCCCAAGGAUAAAUACAAAUCAGUUAAUGGAAAGGAGACUAAUUCAAGUGAAAAGAAGCAUGAUGUUAAUUCAUGUAAAGAUGCACUUGAACGGGCAAGAGAUGGGCGCACAUUGCACAAUGGCAAAGAGAGUAAUGCACUGAAAAAAAAUGAGCCUAUCCUUCAGCCCAGCUGGGCCUUUGCAAGUGAUGGAGAUAAGCCAGUCAGUUGCAGGGAAGAAACUGUCCAUAGAGUGGACGUUCAUGGCAUUUCACUCCAUGGUAGACAAGAAGUCAUUGGUGAUAAGCAUGAAACCUGGGAUAUGAAGGAGGAUACCACCCUAAAAACAGUGAGAGCAGGCAGUUCAUUUCAUGGGAGAAGAAUGGAACAUAUUGAUGGUACAUUCAAGCCAUAUGGUGGUAGGGAGAAUGCUGUACCUAAGAGAGAGAGCAAGGACAAUUUACCUUAUGGAAAGGCAUAUAGUGCUCCUAGUUAUAUGGAACAGCAUCCAAAAAGCAAUGGAAAGGACCUACUUGACUCUGAUGGCCGUGGUGGACGGCACAAUAAUACAAAUUCAUCAAAGAAAGUUCAGGAUGAAGAAAUAGUUAAGUUGAAAACCCAUUACAAUAGUGCCCUCCGCCCUCCCUAUGUUAAACACAAUGCCAAACAGAAGGAUGGAAAAUAUGAAGCCAAUUUAGACUCUUCGCCCUUUUGUUUCGAUGGAAGUGGAGUCCCUAAACAUCCUUCAGUACCUAUCACAAGUAAUGGUGCUGAUAUAUCAGAGAGAAUGCAAGUAGGAUCACAUCAUUGUGAACAUGAGAGGCAGAUUGUUGGAUCCACUGCAGUUAAGGGUCUUGAUGAUGAGAAAGAUAGUCAUUAUAAGGAUGAUGGUGCAGGAGAUCCAAUACGAAAAGCAAAAUCUGCACGGAGGAGACACCGGAAACCACCAUCUGGUCUUGAUAAUGUUGACAAUGCUGGAGAUGUAGGAGUUUCAAGAAGAAAAUCAAGAAGCAGGAGAAGGGAUGACUCAAGAAGAGGCCUGCAAAUCUUGUUUGAUGAUGAGCAUUAUCAGAGUAAUGAAGACGAAAGGAUCAUAGACAAACUGUUAAUGCAUUAUAGUAAGAAACCUUCAACCUAUGAAGAGGGGUAUGUGAGAAGGAAGUCCAAAAGUCGUCAGGCACAUAACGGGAGCAAUGAUAUUGGUGAAACACCUAAUAAUGCUCAUAGGAGGGAUGUGUCUGAUGAUAUGUCAGAGGUCGUUGCUCCAGUUAGAUCAAUUUCACUUCCACGUGAACAACCAGCUUCAUCAGAGACUAAAAAAGUGAUUGCUCGUGCUGCUUCCUUUCAACCUGAGGGAUCAAAUGCAGCCAGACACGUGCAUCCAAAGUUACCAGACUAUGACGAGCUAGCAGCCCGGUUUGCAGCACUGAAGGGGAGGUAAAGCUUCAAGCAAAUGAGUAUCAUCUGCAGCAUAGAAUUUCAUGUAAUAAUCUUGCAUUUGUCUCCCUGAGUUUGGUUCUGUAUUGAGAAGAGAUAACAGGACUGGCGUUCAUCUCCAUCACCGAUGAGCAAGUGCUUUCAGAGGGUUGGCCUGUGAAAUAUCAGCUAUCCAGUGAUAGUAAGUAUAGUCUUGUGUGUGUAUGUGCCCUUAUUAUAUUUUUUUACAGUCAGGCUUGCAUCAUCAUGUAUACUGAUCAUACUUGUAUUGUUGCAUGUACUGAAAAUGAUAGAAAUUGAGAUUGAGGUUGUUGGCAUUGUUGUUAAUUUUGGAAGCUAUUACCUAACAA